UCUGUGGAGAGGACACUGUGCUGGGCACGCCUUCCUGCCGGCUUGCCGGGAGCCAGGAGUCUUCCCACACACAAGGCCACACGUGAAUGAGGAUCCUGUUUUUCCACCUGAGUUCUGCCUCGGCACCUAUGCACUUGAGCCGUCUGGACUUCCCGCCCUCAGCAGACGACCGCUAGUGCCUUAUCGCCACUUGACAGCAUGCACGCACAUCAGGUGACGGUAUUCAUGGAAACUGGAAGUCACCACAGCCGGUCAGCUCCUUUACGAUGGGAGGGCCUGCUAAACGGAUGAUGCUGUUAAGCUACCCGGAUUCGCGUUCAUAACUCAACAACUGGGCUGCCCAGGAUCCAGGCUCCGUCCAUGGCGUGUUCCAAGGGCUACAGGAUUCUGGCUGUGGGGUUAGUCUUUCUGGUUUUGGUGUUCUAUCUCAUGAUGUCUUGGCCUGAACCCGUGACCCGUUGGAUCCCACAACCUCUUCCUGCCGCUGCAUACGUCUCAGAGUCUGUCAACUGGGAUUCUCUCCCUCAAGAACUCACCAACCUGACCAGCCUUCUAUACUGGCCUCCAACCGGUGGGCACAACAGUGACUUUUUGGCCUCAACCAGCCCCAAAACCUCCACCUACCACCUGGCGGGUCCUGCCCAGGCCACCUAUAUUCUGGGAAGCAACCUAGAGGCCAUCCUUGUGGCUAGGGAUCACUGGGGCAGGCCCAAGGCUCAUGGUGGGGAUCUGUUUCGGGCACAGCUGCUGGGCCCGGAACUGAAGGCAGGAGUGCCAGGGGAGGUGAAGGACCUGGAGAAUGGCACCUACCUCUUGUCCUUCCCCCUGCUCUGGGCUGGCAGGGCCCAGGUGCAAGUGAGGCUGAUCCACUCCAGCGAGGCAGUUGGGGUCCUGAGGAGAGUCUGGAGAGAAACACGGGCCACCGUGGAUUUUAGAGGGUAUUUCCAAGGAACGAAUGGCAUUCAAGAGGUUGUCACCUGCAACGUGGACCCCCAGUCGACUGGAGCCAGAGGGCCGACCUGCCAGUACAAGGAUGUGGUUUCUGGGGAGAUCUGGUUCUGUGCUCAGCCCCCAACUUUGCCCUGCAGUGCUUUAGUGGGUCACUCGAGUGGACGUUACCUGAAGGUGACCACACCACAUGAUGAACUCCUGCUGGCUGGGAAUGUGACUGACCAGAAACUCCCUUCAGGCAUCCCAGCCUUCCUGGUCACACCAGCAGAGCCUGGAAACAGGAGUAAUAUGGCCUUGCCCUCCAGGCCGCCAUGCCGCCCUGGCCACCUGUCUCUAAAACCCUCUGGCUUCUACCACCAAGACAGAUGGCACUCGACGUUCUGCUCCAGCCGCUCCUUCCCCACUGCGGACAGCAUCCUGAGUUGCCUGGCUGGCCGCAUGGUCUACAUGAUGGGGGACUCCACCCUCCGGCAGUGGUGGGAGUAUCUGCGGGACACGGUGCCCUCCCUGAAGCCAGUUGACCUCCAUGUCACAUAUCAGGCGGGUCCCCUGAUGGCUGUGGAGACAACUCGGGGGACAGUGUUGCACUGGAGGGCCCACAGCUGGCCCCUGCGCUCUCUCCGCACCCCAGUGGCCUCCCUGCACUCUGUGGCCAGAGAGCUCCAUGGCCUGGCUGGGGGCCCCUACACGGUGGUGGUGCUGGGCAUGGGAGCCCACUUCACCACCUUCCCUCCAUCCGUCUUGGCUCGAAGACUGGAAGGGAUUCGGGAGGCUGUAAAAGCCCUGCUGGACCGGGCACCCAGCACCCUGGUCGUUAUCAAACUGGCCAACACUGGCUAUAAGUCUGUGUAUGGCAGUGACUGGCUCACGCUCCAGGUGAACCGCUUGCUCCGAGCUGCCUUUGUUGGUCUUCGGGUGGCCUUUGUGGAUGCAUGGGAAAUGACCUCCAGCUUGGCUCUGCCAGACAGCAUCCACCCGGGGAGGCUCAUUGUCCGAAAUGAAGUGGACUUACUCCUUUCCUUCAUCUGCCCCACCUGAGUGCUCCUGAGGGACCUGGGGCUGGGUGGAAGGAGAGCCUGGCGUGGCCACAAACAAACAAACAGCAAAUGGUGGCAAGUGGAAGCUACCCCUGCUCACCCGCUAUAAAACUAUUUAGUCCCAUAUUUCAUGCACCACACAGAGAAAUCUAACUUUAUAUAAAGGAGACCACGUUUUGCA